CCGUGCAAGGAGCCGUGACUGCGGGGCAGAGCGUGGAGAGCCGGCUGCUGGGCCUGGUGGAGCGCGGCGGGCAGCACGCGAUCUACGUGUACACCCACCGGCGGAUGGCCAUCACUGCGGAGGACGUCUGGCUGGAGAAGGUCAUCCCCAUCGCAGAGGGGUUUGCAGUGGAAGAAGUGAUACCUGAUGGUGACCUUCAUGUCAUUGGUUCAGAUGUGACCGUUCGGAUCUGCUCAGAAGGCGAUGGGCUCACGGUGCAGCUGCCUUUUGGUUCACACACCCGCACGUUCCUGCAGGAGGUCAGCAAGUGCAGCACAGGUAGGUGUGAACACCUCCCAUCCCUGGAGGUGUUCAAGGCCAGGUUGGAUGGGGCCCUGGGCAGCCUGGGCUGGUAUUAAAUGGGGAGGUUGUUGGAGAUUCAUCAUCCUUAAGGUCCUGUGCUAUGAUAUUGUGUGCUCAGUGGUAGGGAUGCAGGAACCCAGGCUGCAUUUGUACUCACUUCUGAACCUCACGCACAGCAGCGAUGCUUUGCGUCACCGUUCUGCAGCAUCAGGUGGCUCAGCAGGGGGGAGCAACACUUCGAGGCAGUGCUGUGUUACACACCUGCAUGCUGUGCAGGCAGAAGGCCAAAUAGAGAUUUGCUCUGUGUAUUCUGGGAGACCACAAGGAGAAAGCUGUCUCCUCCCACACUCUGUGCUCGCCCUGUGCUCUCAAUUCCUCGGUACCGGCAGCACGUAGCCCGAUGCUUUUCCCAUCACGGCUCCCUCUGGGU